AUGCGACUCAGUCGGACCUUUUUCUGCGCCGCAAAUGCGUUGACUUGGGUUGGUGCACACGCCGACUUGUUAACGGUUCCUACGACGCCAUUCACCGAGACCGGCGGAGAGUAUGCGCUGUCGGACAUCACGGGUAUCGUGGUGGAUAGUCGCUACGCGGACGAUGUGAAUACCAAUGGACAGACUUUGAUACCACCGACACUGUCGGAGUUUGCACACACUUUCCAGGAGGACCUGAGGUCGGUUCUGAUGCUGGAAUUGCCGAUUGGAAUGGAUGAUACGCGCCAGGCGAAUACGAUCUUCAUCACCCUUGGGAACAAUACCGGCUUCAAGGAUGCUGCAGGGACGUAUAACUACGAGGGGUAUUCUCUGGAGGUUGAUGGUACUGGAAUUGUCAUUCAAGGAGCGAGCCCUCUCGGUGCAUGGUGGGCGACCCGGACGGUCAUUCAAGCCGCCGUGACAGGCGACGGUGCCCUUGCAAAGGGUUGGGGCCUGGAUGCUCCUGGGUGGGGGGAACGCGGUGCGAUGAUUGACGCCGGCCGAUUCUAUUAUCCCCCUGAAUUUCUAGUCGAGAUGUGUUCCUACCUCUCCUUCUUCAAGCAAAACGUCUUCCAUGUGCAUCUCAGCGAUAACCUCGUUGUCGAGAGCAAAUAUUCUCGUGAAUUCCAGUUCAACCUGGCAUCAGCUUUCCGUCUCUGGUCCGACGAUCCUGCUGUAGCCGGGUUGAAUCGCCAUGCCAAUGAAUCCUAUACCCGCGAGCAAUUCGACCUCGUCCAGACGCAAUGCGCAAAGAGAGGUGUGACCGUUAUACCCGAAAUCGAAGCUCCCGGCCAUGCACUUGUUAUCGUACAGUGGAAGCCAGAACUGGGCCUUGAUGAUCUCAGCAUGCUCAACAUCAGCCACCCGGACACAAUUCCAACCAUGAAAACGAUCUGGAAGACGUUCCUGCCGUGGUUUCACAGCAAGGUCGUGCAUAUUGGCGCCGAUGAAUACGAUAGCGGCCUGAUCGAGGACUAUACUCGCUUCGUGAAUGAAAUGGACACUUUCAUCCGUGAGGAAACAUCCGGCAGCAAGCAGAUCCGAAUCUGGGGGACAUUCACGCCCAAACAAGGCGCGAACAUUUCCACGACAGUGUCAUACCAUCAUUGGACUACAGAUGCAGACCAUCCAUACUGGGACUACGUGCAGAAUGGAUACAAUGUCCUCAACUCCGACGACUACCUCUAUCUUGUCAGCGGCUGGUCACCGGUGUAUGCACAAGAGUUGCAACUAAGCCAGAUCUUCGACGGCCCGUACGGAAGGCCCUAUUCUCCCAUUACAUUUGACCCCGAGAAGGUCGGCGACAAUCCAUCUCGCGGAAACCCCCACGUUCUGGGCCAGCUGGCCGCGUUGUGGACCGAUUACGUUUUCGACGCGCUACACAACGCAGUGCCGGCGCAGAAUCUCGACCGGAGAAUCCCCAGCAAAUCAGAUACGAUCUUGCACUAUACCUUUGACGAGUCGAACUCGAAUACUGUCACCGACCAUUCGGGAAAUGGGUAUCAUGGCACGGUCCACGGCUGCAAGAUUUCUGAUCGAGCCCUCCAUCUCGCCGACGGGUGCUAUCUCGAGACACCACUGGGUAGCAAGGGACGCGACUAUACGCUUUCGUUCCGGGUGAAGCCGACGUCCACAUCUCCCGGGACACUUUUCUCAGGUCCGGACUCGAUUUUCGCCCACGGCAAUGGCACAAUCUCUAACAUGACUUUGAUCAGUGGUGGCAGUCCGUUCUCGCUGAAUUAUAGUCUCCCGCUGAACAAAUGGACGGAUGUGAGUUUGAUCGCUCAGGGUAAUACCACCAAAUUGACUGUUGGGAAAGGAGACAGUUCCUCCCGCAUGGAGUUCCUUGCGAAAAUCGGAAUCAAUGGGGAUUCGUUUGCUUGGGCGUCUAUUGGCGUUGAAGCGCCUUUGGCGCGCGUUGGUGAGGGUUUUACUGGGCUGAUGAAGAAUAUUGUUUUGAGGGGAAGGGCGGAGUGA